AAACGCAAUGUUUUGAUCCUUCUUCUACGCAACGUUAAUCUACAGGAGACAUCGCUGCCUGCUGAAACGUCUGUCAAACCGCCUAGCUUUAUUAUAAAUGUACUAUGUGGUAACAGCUACACGUUUAAUUCACACACCUGACUUACCAGUUAACGUUACGUUUAGAAAUCACGACGUUAAGCUUUUAAAGCUUAAUAAGCUUUAGUUAGCAGCAAGCUAGCAUCAGCAUCAUUUGUGACGACUAUGGCGGCAGUUGACAGCUUUCAGUUUUUGUAUAGAGAAGUUUCUCGGUCAUGCAGUCCUUACUUGGAAACCCUGGCCCUGGUCGGUGCUCUUUACACGGCCAGAAGGGCAAUAAUACUGCUGAGAGACUGCUGCGCGUUGCUCAGGGUGCAUUUCCUGCCAAGAAUGAUCCCGAGUAAGAAGCUGACCCAAAUAUUUGGUGACUGGGCUGUCGUUUAUGGUGCAGCAGAGCCUGUGGCCAAAGCCUAUGCAGAGGAGCUGGCCAGACAUGGUAUCAGCAUUAUCUUUGUCACAAAGGACCACACCUCCGUUAGAGACACCGCUGCAUCCCUCUCCCAUAGCUACGGAGUGGAAACGGUUGUCAUCCUAGCUGACUUCUCUUUGGACCCGGCAGCCAGCAAGUCCAUCGAAGAAGCCAUGAGGGGUAAAGAUAUCGGCUUCCUAGUGAACUGUGUGGAGUCUUUGUCUCCCCCGCAGAGCCUGAUUGAAAUGCCUGAGCAGGCUCUGUUGGAUUUUGUGAAUAAGAACGUUGCGGUCGCUACUCUGAUGACCCGGUUGGUGCUGCCAGGGAUGCUGGAGCGCAGCAGGGGAGCUGUGGUCAAUAUAUCAUCGGGGGCUUGCUCCAGACCCCUACCUGGAAGAGUGACCCUCACCGCCUCCACUGGCUACCUGGAUCAUUUCUCAAGAGCUCUUCACCUUGAGUACGGCGGCAAAGGAAUCUUUGUCCAAAGUCUAAUUCCUUUCCAGAUAGCCUCAAGUGAGCAACAACCAUCAUCAUCAUCGACACCAUUAUCCAGACAGGGCUGGUUCAUACCAAAGCCAGAGGUUUAUGCCCGCCAUGCCAUCUCCACCCUGGGCGUCUCUAAUAGGACCACUGGCUACUGGCCUCACACACUGCAGUACGGACUGAUAAGAUGUAUUCCAGAGUGGAUCUGGGUUCUUGGCUCACGUGUGCUAAUCAGUUCAAGCUAAGAGCUCACCUCUCCACCCUUCACUAAAGACCCAGUUACUGGAUCUUCUUGUUCCUGGAGUCAUGUAGUUUUAGUUUCUUGUGCCAUUGGUUUAAAUUUGGUAAACUCUCAGGCUCUGUUGAUGUUGGUAGUUAAGAGAUUUUCUUCUAUUGAUUUGGUAUUCAUUUCAAGGGAAGCUGCAGUGGAAUUUGCCUGAAAUAAUGAAUGAAUAUGCAUAUAUUACUCCUGUAUUACUAUAUGGUCUGACCAAUCUGUAAUGUCCUAAAUUAUCUAUAGAAAGCAGACAACCGUGCCGGGUUGGCUCGGUUGGUAGAGCGGGCGCACAUGUGGAGGUUUGUUCCUUGACGCAGAGGGUCCAGGGUUCGAGUCCGACCUGUGACGAUUUUCCUGCACGUCUUCCCCCUCUCUCUCUCCCCUUUCGUGUCUAGCUGUCCCGUCCAUUAGAGGUGGAAAUGCCCCAAAAAAUGAUCUUUAAAAAUAAAAAAAGAAAGCAGACAACCUAAUGAUACAUGUUGUAAUGGUGGCCAGACGUGAGGUUGGAAUCUGAGUUUGACUUUUAGUUAGUAUUGUAAACUCGUUGAUUAGCAUUGGAGCAUAAUAAUCUAACAUCAUUUGGUUUGGCGCCUGAAAUAAAAAUGGAUAAAUGCAUUUUAUUCCUAUGGUUUUAACACUUUAAACUGUUGGAUAAGAAUGUUUUUCAAAUCAGUGUGCCACCAACAUGAAUCAUAAAGGCAUGGUUCAUUGAAUAUAAAACUGAAUGCACAAUUACUUUAUUUUUUUACUUUAAAUAUAUUAUUUUUCCUUUACCAAAAUGGAGGCUUUUCAUUGGUUGUGUUUUGUGAUUGGUCUGUUUGAAAGCUUAUAAGAAGGUCUCUUCCUGUUUUGGAAAUUGAUUGACUCCCUGCGAAGGCUUGUUUACCGAAACGCGUCGGAGUACUUGAAGAUUUAUGAUGACUAGGCCAUAGAUAAAGGCUUUGUGUCAUUCUAGGAGAGAGUGCCUUGGAGUUUCCUUAUUGGUUUCUACUUUAUUUUUCUAUUUAUUUAAAAAAGUUGCACACUGAAAUUUUUUUUUUUUGUUCUGCAAAACAGAGCUCAGUAUAGAAGCGCAGGUGAGAUCAAAAGCCUCACUUCAAAUGUUACGUAUAAAAAAACCAACAAGAAAGCAAUAAGAAAGCACUCUGCAACCAUAAAAGAAACAUUCAUAAUCAUCAUAACAUCAAAUUCAUUUUUGAUCUCCAAGAAUUCUUUGCAUCGGCUUUAACCUGUAUCCUGUGUAAUCUAAUGCUAUCCAAAUGGGUUUAUGUAUGCUUUGAUGUUCACUGUGCUUUAUGAAAAAGUGUUUGCUGACUUUUGACUUUCCAGUCCUUUUGGUUGUACCACUUUUUACCAGCACUGACCAUUCCUACAGUAUAUGGCACACAUCAUAGAACAAAUGGCAUUUGCCCCAAACCAAACCCAACAUCAUUCGGUGUUAACCAGACAGGCUGAUAUCAUAACAUAGAAUAAUUCCUCUAAAUAUAUUCAUGUUUUAGUAAGCAAAAGCUGCAUAAACCACUAAAGUGUAAUUAUGAUCAAUAUAACUCAAUUCAAAUCUAAGAAACAUGCUCUUUAAAGGUGAAAAGGACAAAUUGUGACCAAAGCAAGUGUAAAUCUAUAUUCUUGCAAUGUGAAUACGCCUUAUAGGCUUAUUAUUAUGCUUAUUUGGCUUCUUGGUCCGAUCAAAGACUCAGAGUUCAGAUAAAACCAAGAUGGGCCAGUAGGGUAUUAUACAUGUGAGAGUGUUUACAGCGUGUGUGUGUGUGUGUGUGUGUGUGUGUGGUGGUGAUAGCUUUAAGUGUCACUGCUCAGAGUACAACAUUCAGGCAUCACUAGGAGUGAAUUUGAAAUAUGAUUAAGAGUGAGAUUGUGAUGGGUUUUUUUUGUUGAGAAACUAUAUUUAAGCUACAUUUAGUAUAUGUAGAUAUUGCUUUUUAAAAAGUAUUUAUUUUAAGAAAUGUGAACAGAUUCAGAUAUAUUGUGUUGAGUGGUUGCUUACACAUACAGUACAGUGUAUACCAGUGUUAACCUAAAUAUGAUAUGUGUCAUCAGAGUACAACAAAAACAAUAAAUCUCAUUCUCCUUUC